CGCGGUGCAUCGGUCUGUCACGGUAGCGCCACGGGCUCAGAGGGGAGGCGCGUGACGGGCGCCGGCCAUGGCGGGGCCCUGCGGCGGGAGCUGCCUGGGGUCGUGGGCUGAUGAAAACAACCAGUUAGUGUCGCGAGUAAAGGAUGCUUCUACCAUCAGUGCAGAUCGGAGGGAAAUCCUGCAUCAGAGCUACAUCUCUUUCAGCAAACUCCUGCAGAAAAUCCAAGGGUUAUCACCAGUCACGCUCAGCAUACCCUUGGAGCUGACUGUUCUGUACAAUACAAUUGUUCUAAACAUUGUCUUGUCUGACCGCAUUGAUCAAAAUGAUAAUAAUUUGAUUUAUCAGGGACUUCUUCGAGGACUGGAAGCUCACAGCAGACAUUGUGAUAAAUUGGAUGUCGUGAAAUUAUGGAGUGUGACAUUUCAGAUCACCCAUAACCGAGAUUUCACUCACUCAGCUGAGCAGCUGGCCAGCUUGCAGUGUGUGCUGUGGCUGGCCAACCAUCAGCUGGAAAAGAUCGAGGCUGUAUUUCACCUGCUGAGAGACCGAGAAUGUGCAGGUUCCUCAGCCUCUGCUUUGGAUGAACGAUCUGGUGAUUUGCUGCAAUGGAUUAAAAUGAGUUCUGUCGAAACUGACCCUGGAGCUGAGGGAGUCUCACUGGUGAUCCAGAGCCACACGAGUCUAAGACAGCUCCUCUUCACUGGCAUUGCUUUCCUUCGAGGUUUUCGCAACAUGGAAGACGGUAAUUUUGCAAACGCCAUUGAUGUGUUGCAACAAGCAGUUGCGGGACUUUGCUCCAAGAGAAUCCUGGCUCAGCUCUAUACCCUGCUCGGCUAUAGCUCCAUCCAAAUGGACAGACCACAAACUGCCUUGCAGUAUUUUAAACGGGCUCUGCAAGCAGAUUUCCAGUGCCUUUCUGCAUUGAAUCACGCUGCCCAGGUUUACCAUCAACUGGAGAUGAUGGAACCAGAGCUUGAGGCCCUCAAAUAUCUCAAUACGGCUUUGGAAAGUCAGGAUCAGGCGAAAGAAGAUGUUGACUUUAUUGACCCUGGAGUUCUGAUCAGACCUGAACAGCUUUUACGGAUCCCUGAAACAUGUCUUCCUCUGGCCAGUGUAAACCAAGCCCAUGUGAAGCACUUGCUUGCAAAAAAGUUUCUUCAGAUUGGAAGAGCUGAAGAGGCAGCAGAACACUACCUUGAUCUUCUGUCUUCAUUCCUUGAGGGAUCCCAACAGGAAAUUGCUCUUGAUGGCAGCCCCAACGCUCCCAGAAUUCCUGAAGUCUACUUGGAAGCGGCAGUGGCUUUGCUGGGAUCUGAGAGACACAAUGAUGUCAUCACUGUUUGUGAGGAAAUCAUCACCAAGAUGUCAGGUUUCCUCUCGGAAACAUUAACUAUUGAAAUCCCUGUGAACACUGAAGACCCAGCAUUGAACACCGGUUGUCGAACUCCUGCCUCUCGAUUGUCAAGUGACCCACGGACACUUUGGGCAGAGAAGAGGGAAAGCUUGAAUUAUAAGUUGUGGUCGGCGGCUGCGCUUUUAUAUCAAGGCCAGGCUUUUGCACUGCUGAAAAAUAAUAAGGAAGCAAUUACUAAUUUUAGCAGAUGCCUAAAUUUGCUCCUUAAAGUUCAAAUUGUGAAUUUGCCUCAUUCAGGAGACCCUGGUGAACAGUGUGAAUCGUUGAAAGAGAUCAUGACAGAACUCAACACCUUACAGAAGCUGAAAGCUUUGGCUUUUAUUGGAAAAGGUCUGCAGUUGACUGAAAGAGAUCAGGACCGGGAGGCACUGCAACAUUUCCAGCUGAGUCUACAAGCCUCCCCUGAUAAUCUCGAAUCUGUAUAUCAUCUGGUACAGCUCCUGUGGAAACUUGAAAGGAAGCAGGAAGCUGCCUCUUGUUGGCUAAAAUUCCACAGUUCUGCCACAAGAGCAUCAGACUCAGGAAAAAAGGGAUAUUGUGAUCCUUUAACAAAACUUCCUUUAUUUCUCAUUUCUCACUUGAAAGAAGUAACCAGUUCAGAGGAGGAUGACUUUACUAAAAAGAUACAGAUGUACAACAGCCACUGGACUGAAGAUCAACAAACUAUACAAUUUCUAAGACCCAUACCUUCCUCUUUGGAAACUUUGUGAACUGUCCAGAACUCUUUCAAGAAAAACUGUGGACAAUGUAGUGAAGGAACAGUUACAUAACCAGAAAGAAGACUUGAAUGUGUAAUUGAAUGACAUCCAACAGAUAAGUGUUUCCAUAACUUACCCAGGACCUGAUCUUUUUGUGAAGAAGGAUUAUUAUCAUUAUACUUUAUGCAGCAGAGCUGAAAAAUAAACAGUCUUGAAGUAACUACAAUAGCUGCACCAGAUACAAGUACAUUUUGUUGCUUUGAAGCAACUUUUUAAACCUACUUAUUAAGUUGAAUGAGCCAGUUUGAAAUUGUUAUAAGCAUUUUUAUAAAUUUAUGUUUGUUUAUUAAAUCCCAAAUUACACUGUCUGAAACAUGCAGAUUAUCCUAAGUUUCAAAGAG